GCGGAGCCUCCAGGGAGCAGCUGGCACUGCUGCCCCCCUAAACAAGGAGCACACGUAUUCGCGCCCAGGAGGCACCCCUCGGCCGCCCACGUGCACCCGAAGCGCAACGGCCUAUCACCGCCCGCCUGCGCCGGAGAGGCAGCCCCACAUCUGAGAGGCAGCCCCAUCCACGCCAUGCAAGAAGGAGUCGCCCUCGCCGAGCGGUCGCUCCUAAGGACACCAGAAGAUCACGUAGCCGCGGCGCCUCACGACGCUAGCAUGGACGACGAGUCCGUGCUCAUGCGCCCGUCCCAACGACCCUUCCUGAGAACGAUCAAGGAGCACAAGCCCGUCCGAAUCGUCACGCCGAAGCGACACCUGUUGAAACAAAACAACACCAUCUCGGAGACGGGCCUGCAAAUUGUGAAGAUGACCUGCCGCGACUCGAGUACGAAAGGAGCGCUGCUGUCGGUCGCUGAUCCUGCGGCCUGGGCGAUGCUCUCGCCGCCCCGGAAGAAGACCGCGCCCGACUACGAGCGGUGGCGCAACCGCCUCGACUUUCAAGCCGCCUACGAGCCGGACCUCUCGGCCACGUCGCACCUCGUGACGCCCUCCGAGCCGGCCCUGUCGCCGUCGAUGUCGGAGAUUAGUGAUUGUACUUUUGACGGCUAUUCCUCACCAAUACCAGUCCGGUCCUUCGACGCCGUGUCGCCGCCGCCGCCCGUUUUGUCCGACGACGACAUCAGCCACAAGUCGAUGCGCGACGCGUCGACGGUCUGUUUUCGAUUGAAUCGGCGGGAACCGCCGCCGCGACGAUGGCGGAAACCGCGUGUCAGGCCCCACCAGCGAGCUGCCCUGCGCGCCUGGCGGGGCGGUAGGCUUGUUUUCGAAGCCGGCCGGACGCACGGGAAGUUCGAGCGACGGCCGCUGCCGGUGGCGUUUAACUUUAAGUAGUACUACAAC